CUUCCACUGAGGACCUUCAAUCUGAGAUUUUGCCAUGGGUGCCAUGAGACUCUGCUUCCUGCUCUUCUGUCUCUUCUUGGCGAGUGUCUCUUCUGUGAGAAAACUUAACAAUAUUGAUGACUUGAAAAACACACGCUAUGGAAGUUCUUCUCCACAUCAUGGACUCCAAUUAUUAUUCUGGUUUGCCCAAAGAGUGGAUGUUGAUCAGAACAAUAAUAUGUAUUUGAAUUUUAAUCCUAUUAGAGGUGAUUAUGGAUUUCACCGGUUUGGAAAUCAUGAGCGCAUUCUCCCGCUAUUGAGAUCCAGGGAGAGUUAUCAUACUUUUGGCAAUCUAUUUUUGCAGCGUGCUAAUGAAUUGCCAAAUUAUGUGCACGAGAACAGAAACAACAUGCUAGAAAGCAACAUGGACAGGCUCAUUGUCUGUAUGAGUCAAAAUAGGCCAGGGAGGAUACUCAGUGUGUUUAUUACAGCACAUAACAGUGGCAGGAAUGACUUUAAUCCUUCUGUCACUUAUGAGAUUACUCCUGCACUGAUAUUGCAGCUCAGACACCCUUUUAAAUGCAAUUCAGAUCAGAACAAUGUUUACAUUAUAUUAAGUGAUACAGCAGAAAAAACAGAAGAAGACAGAUGCCGUCAGUUUCUGAAUCAGUUAGGAUAUAAACGCAAUGACUCUACAAACACCAGGCGCCAAAAGAAACGUUCACCUGAUUCCCAGUACAAUACAUAUGAGGGAAUUAAACUAGAGAUAAAAGCAAAUAAAAAAGGUUGCUCAAAACUCAUAUGGGAGAUACCUGAUGAUAUAAUAAAACAAUAUAAAUAUGUCUACAUUGAUAUUUGCCAAAACAUUUAUUCCACUAAUACUAAUGAAAUUUGUACAGAUGUCAAGAAAGAGGUCAAAAUUACAAAAUCAUCUGACGCUUUAGAUACCUCUGUCUCACUGAAUGCUGGUCUCCAACCCAGACUGCGACUGUACACAUCAUAUUUUAGUAAAGCAGACAUCUGGUAUGGACCAGAGUUUGAUGGAGCUAACAGAGUGAUCCCCAUUAGAAUAAAGGGGUUUGAUGCUAGUCUGCAGCUCUACACUGAAGACGGAAAAGCCAGUGCUCGACUCUACAUCAAGAAAACCUUCAGUGACUGGAAAAAAAUUUUUUCCCACUCGUGGGUGGGGUUUUACAAAAGUUCACAGGAAAAAAAUGAUGCCUAUUCAACAUAUCAGUAUGCUGAUAAAUUUACAAAGAUUAAAGACUUUAGCACAGAGGAUUAUGAUAUUUACCAUUACAAGUCAAAUUUAGUCAUUGCUCCUGGAGUGCAACUCCGAUUCCUGCUGGACAAAAAAUAUGACAAAGUUUUAGCACAGACUAUGCCCUGGGAGGGUGUUGAAAAAGUGACUGUAUUACCAUUAAAUUGUGAAGAUCCUGUGCCUAAACUCUCAUCACCCUGGGCUGAUCCAGAAUUCUUUUACAAACUAGAGUUUUAUGAUGCCAACAAUGUCUUCCCUACUUCAAUACCAAAGACUGAUGCUGGUCUGCAGCUUUUCACUAAAGACGGUAAAGCUUGUGCUCUGCUUUAUAUCAAGAAGACCUUCAGAAACUGGAAAGAUACUUUCUACUACUCAUGGGUGGGGUUUUAUAGUAGUUCACAAAAAUCCAAUAAAAAGUAUGACACAUAUCAAUAUGCUGUGAAGUUUGAAAAGAUGGAGGACGGUACUGAGAAUUAUGAUAUUUAUCAGUACAAAUCCAGUUUGGCCAUUGCGCCUGGAGUGCAGAUUCGUUUCCUGAAGGACAAAAGUUCUGAUAAUGUAUUAGUGAAAACUGAGCCCUGGAAGAGUGGUUAAAAAGAUUAACCUUAAUGCCUUUAGUGAGUCUUUAUGUACAUACAUCAACUUCUGUAACAAUCUGCUGUCCAUGUACUUAUAAGAAUGAUCAUUAAUACACUGUUUUAACAUA